AUGUCUGUCGAAACAGUCAAAGCUUCCGUCUUACACGGCGAGAAGGACCUGCGCCUUGAAGAACGCGGUCUCUCAGCCCCCUCUGCGGACGAGGUCCAAAUCGCCGUGCAAUCCACUGGCCUCUGCGGAUCCGACCUGCACUACUUUGGCCACUUCCGCAAUGGUGACAUCCUCGUGCGCGAGCCGCUGACGCUGGGCCACGAAUCCAGCGGCACCGUCGUCGCCGUGGGAUCUGGCGUCUCGAACCUCAAGCCGGGCGAUCGUGUUGCGCUCGAGGUUGGCCUGCCGUGCGAAAGCUGCGAGUACUGCGACAGCGGGAGGUACAACAUCUGCAGAGGCAUGAAGUUUAGAAGUUCGGCCAAGGCGUUUCCUCACAUGCAGGGAACGCUGCAGGAGAGAAUCAACCACCCUGCGCGCUGGGUCCACAGACUGCCCGAAACCAUCCCCCUUGAUCUGGGAGCCCUCAUCGAGCCUCUCUCCGUCGCCAUGCACGCCCACCGCCGCGCAAACCUCACUUCCGAAUCUACAGUCCUCGUCUUCGGCGCCGGAGCCGUGGGCCUCCUCUCCGCCGCCGUGAGCAAAGCCAAUGGCGCCACCGCCGUUGUCAUCGCCGACAUCCAAAAGGACCGCGUCGACUUCGCCGUCAACAACGGCUUUGCGGACGCGGGCUUCGUCGUCCCCAUGGCAAGGCCGCAGACGAUUGACGAGAAGCUGGCGUAUGCGCAGCAAGUCGCGGAGCAGGCCAAGGCCGUCCGAGUGGGUGGCAAGGAGGUCGGCGAGGUUGGCGCCGUGUAUGAGUGCACGGGUGUGGAAACUUGCCUGCAGAGCGCAAUCUACGCUACGAAACCUGGCGGAAAGGUCAUGAUUAUCGGCAUGGGCACUCCCGUUCUCACUCUACCCAUGUCUGCCGCCGCCCUUCGGGAAGUCGAUCUUGUCGGCGUUUUUAGAUACGCCAACACGUAUCCCGCGGCCAUCGAGAUGCUGUCAAAUAAGCCGGCGGGUUUGCCCAAUCUGCAGACACUGGUCACGCACCGUUUCAAGGGCCUUGAUCAGGUUCAGCAUGCGUUUGAAAUGGCGGGCAAGAUCAAGGAUGGGGAGGGCAAGCUGGUGAUCAAGGUUGUGGUAGACAUGUCAUAG